ACUUCAGCUAAAUGAGAAUCUAAAGGAUUAACAUGCACUUGGCCACCACAGAAGGGGUUCAGUGAUGGCAAAGAAUUGUGUAAGGAACACAUAUGUAUCUGUUCUGGUUGCUCUCUAUGAUAUACCGAUAUACACUUACAACAGUUUAGUGUUAAUAUGAAAAGACUCACCUCCCAGGACCAUGCGGUAAUCCUGCCGUCUCACGUUCACCACCGUGUCACACAUCCACCAGAGUUCAUGUUAAUGUGGAAAAAGUGCAAUGCCUGUAGAUGAGCAACCCCCUCACUGCAAGUCACGCCUCAACAAAGGCACGGUGCCACUGGACAGUGCCGAUAAGAAGGGCCUUCAGGUGGGUGGCGAGCUUUCUGGUGGUUUGCAAGUGGGGUCCCAGCAGCAGAACCAGCAGCUCCUCCUGACUCCAGCCAGCCUCCAGCUUGCCCAACUCCAGGCCCAGCUCACCCUCCAUCGCCUCAAACUGGCUCAGGGGGGCAAUACAGCCACCGCUGCCACUGUUCUCAAUCAGGUUCUUUCCAAUGUUGCCAUGGCCCAGCCCCUCUUCAAUCAACUGCGGAACCCCCAGGUUGGCUUCCCCACUGGGGUGCUUGGUUUUCCCACUUCUAAUUCAACGUUAGGGGCAGCGGGAUUCAACCAAAACACAGGGAACGUGAGACUGAACCAUCAUGGUGGAGGGACCACAGUGGGCCAACAGGGUGUUGAGUUUGGUAAAACGUCCGGGCUUACAUACCCCUCAGAUAUUGACAGGCGUCUUCAGUACAACUUGGGAGGGGCAUCUGUAGCGUCGAGCCCUGCUGGUGAAGCACACUACUCAGUGAUCAACACUCAGGCUAAACAACUGAACAAUGUUGCUUUCAAGCAAGAUUUCUAUCGGCAGGAUAUCUCUGGCCAACAAGCUGGAUUUAAUCUAUGUGAUCAGAACAUGAAUCUCUAUAAUUGCACUGCACAGAAGGAGCAAUGGAAAGGUCCAACUAACUUGAGUCAGACUGCGAAUGCGGCUAUGGCUCCUGAUGUGGCCACUGUUUGGACUGCAGCUGGGCAGGCGAUGAGGUCCAGAAAGGAACUGUAUAACCCAGAAGAGCCAACGUCUGACCCCAAAUUCAAUCCCAAGACUGGGAUUUCUUCUUUCGGGACUAGCGACAUGCAGGGCUAUAAGGGUUACCAGACCCUACAUGGAACUGAGGACACGCUGUGUUCAGGUACCAGGACACUUCAGCCUUACCAAGUCAAUGACUACCACGCUGUCACGCCCACUCAACUGCCACACCAGUGCAGCAUCUGUGACAAGAAAGUCUAUAACCUCAAGGACUGGGACCAGCACGUGAAAGGAAAACUACACCUGCAGAACCGAAUGCAGUACAUCAGCGAAGGUACGGCAGUGGUACCCGCCGGGGUUGCUCAUUACGCGCUUGGCAGGCCCUCUGAUGGAGCUCUUAAUGCAGGGGAGACAAACUCAAUGAUCUACACUGCUGCAGGUCAAGAGGUAUCCUUAGGAGUCAACGCCUCAUACUUGCCAGCUGCAGCCAUGAAGAACUACCCUUUGCCAAACACGGGAUUCACUUCACCACAGCCAGAGUCAAAGCCUUUUCCACCAAGAAAGGCAACCACAGGACGGGUCGUUCACAUCUGCAACCUGCCUGAAGGCAGUUGCACUGAGAAUGAUGUCAUAAACCUAGGAAUUCCCUUUGGCAAAGUAACCAAUUACAUCUUGAUGCGCUCUACCCAUCAGGCCUUUCUGGAGAUGGCCUACAUCGAAGCAGCUCAGGCCAUGGUUCAAUACUAUCAACUGACACCAGCUAUGAUAAACAAUCAGAAACUUCUCAUUCGUAUGUCUAAAAGGUACAAGGAGCUGCAACUUAAGAAACCAGGUAAAGAUGUUCAGGCAAUCAUCCAAGAUAUUGCCUCUCAGCGGGACAGAGACGAAAUGCAAGAAAUUCAGCACUACAUGCCAGACAGGCCACGCUCCCGCAGCCCCAUCAGUCGCUCCUUGAGCCCUCACUCACACAGUCCCAGCUUUACCUCAUGCAGCUCAGCCCACAGCCCCCAGGCAGCACCAUGCAGGGGUCACGAAAGAGGCAGCAAUGGUCUAGGCCAACGUCGAGGUUCUUGGGACUGGUCGUCACACUUUAGACGGCCAGACGAUGAAAAGGAACGGGAUGAAUCUAGGCGGAAUGGUAGCAGCGCCGAUAGUGACCGGCCCAAUGAACGGCCAGCUGACCGCUGGAAAUCCUACGGGAAACCCUCAGAGUAUGUCAUCUCCCGGUCUGCAGAUGAACGGGGAGGAGAUGAAGGGAUGAGGGCAAACAGAGACUUCCCACGAGGGAGCCCUCAAGGCAUGGUCUUCAACUCCUACAGGAACAUGGAUGACAACUUCUACAUGAGGUCUGACAAGGUGACCAGAUCUCCAUACCAAAGACACGAUACCAAGUCAAAGAGGAGGAAUGGCGGCGAUUACCACAGUAGGUCAAGGCAUCCGGAGAGUGAGAUGACUGAUGAGCUGCUUCACAGAACCUCAGAGGAAAAGAAGCAGGGUUCCCCCAGCAGAGGGAAGAGUAGGAAGCCAAGCAGAAGGUGCACCACUGCAGAGAAACAUGACAGCCCCACAGAACAUACUGAUGGUCGAUCUAAGGAGCAUGUGUCACCCCAGAGCAGUAACAAGUCAAAAGAUGGUACUGAGUCUUCCAAACUCAAGGAAACUGGGUUGGAAAGUGGAGAAAACACUGAUGACGAGUGCUGGUAUCCCAAGGACAUGGAGGAAUUUCUCACAGUUGAUGAAGUGGGGGGAGAAGAUGAUUCCAUUAUUGAGCCUGACCUUCCUGAGCUGGAAGAGGAUUUGACUAGCCCUAAAGAAUCUGCAGAGGAACAACCACAAACAAUACAGGAGCCCGUACCGUUGCCUUGCCCACCUUCGGAGGAGCAGAACACGUGUGUCGAGGAAUCUAUUAAGGAACAAACAGUUGAGGAUCCAGAAGUCCCGACAGAAACUUCUGAAUCUGAGAAAGCAGUUUUAACUGAGACAAAUGUAGAUGAACAAGUACAGUGUCUGGUGACUCCUGAGCCACCUAUCACUAAUCUCAUUGACUUUCCCAAUGAAGAGUUCAAGGUUGCGUUGGAGGAGACCGCCACUGAGGACAAAAUCACAGAUAGUGGGUGCUUAGAAGAGCCAGUAAAGAACCACAUUGAAAUAUCCGAGCAAGUCAGCAAGGUCCAGGAUGUAGUUCAGGUCACAGAGACUAGCUCUAAGGUGACACAACAUAAGGACAGCAUUGUUAAAAAAGAUAUCGAAGUCCCCUCAUUGUCCAUUGAGCAGGACAAGGUUGUCAUUGAACGCAUCAUCCCUUUGGGAGUGGAGUUUAUUGAGCCAAGGACUGGUUUCUUCUGCAAACUUUGUGAACUGUUCUACACCAGCGAGGAGACUGCAAAGAUGAGUCACUGCCGCAGCACGGUACACUACAGGAACCUGCAGAAAUACCUGUCACAACUGGCACAAGAGAGUCUGAAUCUGGGAUUUUCAACUACGCAGUGACAUCAUUUGGACAUAUCACCUCUUGUAUAGCAAGUGACAUAUGUGUAAUGUGUGUAAUGCACAUUAGGUGUACCAAACAUGGAAACUUGAGUCAAGUGGACACUCGUGCUGGCUUUAGGAUUUUGGUGGAAUAAAACUUGAAUAAACACUGUUACUGACAAUUUAAACAAAAAAAGAAUUUUAAUUUUGUACAUACUACAGUAAGGGUAUUUAUUUGUUGUUUUUCUUAUUCUGUCUUCUUGGACUUCAAAAAAGAACUGGAAUCUUGGACACACACGUUCGAUGUGUCACUAAAUCAACUGCUUUGAAGACUAACUCUCACUUCCAGUUUAGUCUGUGAAUUGUCCAAAUUACAAUAUUAGCUGUAGGGCUACAAAGUCAUUUAAAAUGCCAAUGAAUGUUUUUCCUCAGAUAAAACUGAGGCAGAAUCUCAGGGUCAUCAUAUUUGUUGGAACAGAUUUCAGUUUCCAAGUGUACUUACAAGUACUUACAGUUUCUUGAGUCUUUGUACUGCUUUUCUUGUUUUUCUUAGCUCUGUUAUUGUGUGCACUACGGUUGUCUCUCAGAUACAAGUUCACAUCCUUUGUAUGUCUAUGCAAACAAUUUCUUCCA